AGCUGUAGAAACAUUCUGAUCAUUAUAAAUCAAUUAAAUGCUAUCUUAACAGAUAUAAGUCUGUUCUUUCUUAUAUACAGUUAUCAUAUGAAAGUGUUGAAUCUUUUAGAGAUCACACAGUUCAUAUCAAACCUCUACAGUUCAAUUCAGAUUGCUGAUAAUAUAGUAAUAAAACUUCAAGAUAUCU